UUUUUACCAACUAGAAAAUCGUUAAAGGCAGUGGGUCGCGCCGUUCAAUGGUUUAUCGAAACGAAGAACAACAAUUCUAUUUCAGUGAGUUUUCAUUUCGUAACAAAAGACGCUUAAUGAUGCUAACGAUGAGUUGUUACAAUUUGUCACGCUUCUCUAAUUUCGAGGACCCGAAAUUCAAUAAAAUGAACAGCGCGACACAAUGCCUUUAAACAAUAGGUGAUCUUGGUAUGAAAAUUGAACAAUAAACAAUCUUGGUAUCGCUUCCUCGACUCGAGUGCCUUGCUUCAUGCUGCUGUCAUAGAUAAAAUGGCGGAGGGAAACGUCCCGUGUGUUCUUGUUACUGGUGCUUCAGGCUACGUUGCCAGCCAUUGCAUCAAAAAGCUACUGGAAGAUGGAGAAUAUCGAGUUAAAGGGACAGUUAGAAGUUUGACAAAUGAAACAGUUUGUGAAGCUUUGAGGAAUUUGGUUCCUGGCGCAAAGCACCAACUUGAUCUUGUGCAAGCAGAUUUGCUGGACGAAGGAUCAUGGAAAGAUGCCGUUGAAGGUUGCACGUACGUCCUUCAUGUUGCUUCUCCAUGUUCUCUUGAGACGCCAAAACACGAAGAUGAGCUCAUAAAACCAGCUGUUGAUGGAACCCUGAAUGUUUUGAAGGCUUGCAAGGAAGUGGGUGGUGUCAGGAGAGUCGUUCUCACCAGCUCUAUUGCUGCAAUUUACAUUGGCAAUUUAAAGAAAGAGCUUGACGAAGGAGACUGGUCAGAUGUUACACAAGCAGGCGCCUAUAGUAAAAGCAAAUGCUUAGCGGAAAAAGCUGCUUGGGAUUUCGUUAAAGAAUUGCCGGACGAAAGCAAGUUUGAACUGGUAACAAUCAAUCCUGGCUUCAUCGUAGGCCCCCUUCUCAUAAAGAAAGAAUGUGAAAGUUAUAAAAUCAUCAAGCGACUUUUGUUACGAGAAAUGCCUGCAGUGCCUGACUUUUGUGCUGCUAUGGUUGAUGUGAGGGAUGUUGCAGAAGCACAUGUAAAGUCUAUCACGAACCCGGAUGCUGCUGGACACAGACACAUAUUGUCUUUUGGGAACCAUUCCUACUCUAUUUUACAACUGGCUGAUAUCCUAGCGAAAGAAUUUAACAGUAAAGGCUUCAAUGUACCAACAACAAAAGUACCAAAACCAUUGAUAUGGCUCUUUAGCUGGUUUGACAAGAGUCUCAAAGCUGCAUAUCCAUGCAUAGGAACAACUUGGAACAUGAAUAUUAACCGCAUGAAAAAUGUACUUGGUAUAGAAGGUCGUGAUAUAAAUGAAGCGACUAUAGCCAUGGCACAAAGCAUGAUUGAUCUUGGAAUGACGGCUUGAAGAUGCUCCUGCUAACCCUCCAGCAGACAAAUCUAGUUAAACCCCUUGCAAAUUUUUAACAAUGCUUAACAAAGCUUUGAUUAAUAAAAGCUACUCAAAUUAUAAUUUAACCCAACCAAUUUUAUCUUGCAUCUAAGUAUUUUGACCCUGCUGAAGGUGGGUCUAUGAUUUUCUUCGUUGUUUAAAAGAAUUUUGAUCUGAAUUGUGCUAAAAAAGCUGAAUUGAUAGAAGCUCUGUUCGAAUUUGAAAGUGUUUCAGCAAAUGGAGAUUGUUUUUCGAGUGGUGGGACAUAUAUAUUUAAAUACAAAUAAGUGCCAGUGUCAGACAUUAGGAAACUGGAAGCACGGCUAUUAAGAAACAUCUAAAUUUUAAAAUAAUGAAAUACUCCAAAAAGUCAUAAUUUUCGUCCAAUACUGAUGCAAACGACGAAAAUUUUUCAAAAGUCUAGCUUGUGCAUUAAAAGAGUUUAUAAUACUGCUGCUAACCUUUGAGACAAUUUAAACGAGGACCUUUUACACUUUGUCAAAUUAAAACCUGGCGAUGAUUCUUUUAUUACUUGUUACAUUUCUUCUUAUGUUUCUCAUUUUUUCUUUCCUAAGUCCUAAAAUGCGUGACUGUGUUGCGUAAAAUUCGUAAUGCGUAUCUCGUGAUAAAUGCUUCUAUUAAUGUAAACUGUUUCCCCUGCGUAGUCGUAGUAAGUUGUAGCUUAGCCUUGAGAAAUGAGUCCUUGCUGAAUAUA